GAUGUUGGCAAUAAGGAAAGAAACUUGAAUUUCUACAUGAUGACAUGUCGACAUACAGCAGAUGGUUUUGUCUAAAGGCUCAUACAGUGAAUUCAACCUGAAAGUUUGAUCAAUGUUUGAGCCUCAUGAAAUGAAGAGAGUCUCAGGACUGUGAAGAAUCUCUUACAAGAUGUCAGGAGUUACAGAAGAUGAUCUGCAUCUAAACAUGUCCAGCACAGUGACUGCUUUCCAGAAUCCUGAUUGUAGGAGAGAAGAGAGCCUAAGCCCACCUCCUUUGAUGAAUCUGAGGAUUGUUCUUCUGGGGAAGAGUGUGUCAGAAAACAGUAAAGUGGGAAACUUCCUGUUGGGACGAGCAGCGUUUGACAGUGAAGCUCCUCCAGAUGUUGUAGAGAGAGUCGGAGGAAGAUUGAAGGACAGACAUGUGAUAGCCAUCAACAGUCCUCAGCUGCUCCAGACAAACAUCUCAGAUGAUCAGUUCACACAGACAGUGAGAGAGUGUGUGAAUCUGUCUGAUCCAGGACCUCAUGUGAUCGUUCUGCUCCUCAAACAUGAUCAGUGUUCAGCAGAAGAUCAAGAGUGUGUGGAGAAGGUGCUGGACUCUUUCUCUGAGCGGGUUUAUCAACACACCAUGGUGCUCACCACACAAGAGUCCACUGAAACCAAUGACAUCCUACAGAAAAUCAUUCAGAAAUGCUUCAACAGACACUUAAGUCUUCAGACAACCUGCUCUCCUGAUGAUCUUCUGCAGGCGUUUGAGGACAUUGUGAAAAUGAAUAAGGGACGACACCUGGAUUGUGCUGAAAAUGAAGCUUCAAUGAAACAACAAGGCAUGAAAAAAUUUUCAGAUAAUGUAAAGCUGAAUCUGGUUGUGUGUGGAAGUGAUGGGACAUUAAAAUCCUCCAUAUCAGAGCUGAUCCUGCAGCAGACAGACAGAAGAUCAGACAUGGAGCUUCAUGGACGUCAGAUCAGUCUGGUGGAGCUUCCAGCUCUGUUCAACACUCGUCUCUCAGAGGAGGAAGUGAUGCGUGAGACUCUCAGCUGUCUGUUUCUCUGUGAUCCUGGAGUUCAUGUUUUCCUCCUCAUUAUUCCUGAUGCUCCACUGACCAAUGAAGACAAAGCAGAAAUGGAGGCAAUCAAAAGGAUAUUCAGCUCAAAAAUCAACAAACACAUGAUGAUCCUCAUAAUGCAGAAUUCAGAGCAUCAGACAGCAGAACUCAAUGAAGAAACACAGUCUGUCAUUGAGAGUUUUGGAGGACGACAUCAUUUCUUUGGUCCUAACACACAAGUGUCCACAUUGAUGGAGAACAUUGAGAAGAUGGUGAAAGAAAACAGAGGAGAGUUUUUCUCCACAGAGACAUUUAUUGAGGCACAGAUGAAAAAACUGCUGCAAUUUGAAGAGAUGAAGAAGAAAAUUCAUUCACUAGAGACACAUUUACUGUCACCAGGUUUAACAGAGAGUGAAGAUGACCUGAGGAUUGUGCUACUGGGAAAAACUGGAGUUGGGAAAAGUGCAACCGGAAACACAAUCUUAGGAAAUGAUGCAUUUACAGCAGAAACAUCUCAUAAGUCAGUUACUAAAGAGAGUCGGAGAGAAUCAUCUGAAAUUAAUGGUCGACACGUUACUGUGAUCGACACUCCAGGACUGUUUGAUACUGAACUUACUAAUGAGGAGAUCCAGAGAGAAAUCAGCCACUGCAUCUCCAUGAUCCUGCCUGGACCACAUGUGUUUCUCCUACUGAUUCCACUGGGACGAUUCACUAAAGAAGAAGCAAAAUCAGUGAAGAUCAUCCAAGAGACGUUCGGUGAGAAAUCUCUAAUGUACACCAUGGUACUCUUCACCAGAGGAGAUGAUCUGAAGGACAAAACCAUUGAACAGUUUCUGGGAGAACCUGGAUCUCCUUUGAUGAAUCUGAUUGAAGCAUGUGGAAACAGAUUCCAUGUGUUCAAUAAUAAUCAGACUGGAGACCGAAAACAGGUGACUGAUCUACUGGAGAAGAUAGACAACAUGGUGACAGCGAACGGAGGGAGUUUCUACUCAUGUAAGAUGUUCAGACAGAUGGAAAGAGAGAAACAAGAACAACAGAUGAAGAUCCUGAUGGACAGAGUCAGAGAAAAGGAAGAGGAGAUGAAGAAACUAGAAGAAGAGAAAGAGAGAAUGAAAAUGAUGAUGAAGGAAGAAAGACAGAAUCAUGACAAAGAGAGGAAAAUAAGAGAAGAUGAAUUUAAAAGAGAAAUAAGAGAACAAGAGAAACAUCAGAGAGAGAUACGAGACGAGAUGAGACGAGAGCGAGAGACAUUUAAACAUGAAAUAGAGGAUCAUGAAAAAGAGAGAAAGAAAAUAGAAAAAGAAUAUGCAGAAAGAGAAGAACAAUAUAAAACAUUAAUAAAAGAGAAAGAGGAGAAAGAAAGAGAGAUCCGUGAGGAGAUGAAGAGAGAAUGUGAAGAAUGGGAGAAACAGAAACUACAGGAAAAGACAAGAAGAGAGGAAGAGGAUGAGAAAAGAAGAGAAAAAGAACAGAGAGUUUGUGAUGAAUUUAAUCAGAGACUGAAAGAAGAGAAAGAGAGAAUGGAAAGAGAGAAAGAAGAUCUUCAAUCUAAACAGGAAGCAGAAAAAAACAAGAUGAAGAUGAUGAUGGAGAAACUGAACAGAGAAAGAGAAGAACUGAUGAACAAACAUGAAGAAGAGAAAGUGAAAAUGAUGAUGAUGAUGGAGGAAGAGCGAAAGAAUCAUGACAAAGAGAGAAAGAGGAGAGAAGAAGAAUUCAGAGAGAGAGAAGAAAGACAAAAAAGAGAAAUGAAUGACAAAGAGGAGCAAGAGAGAGAGAUGAGGGAGAACACAAAAAGAGAACAAGAGAUGUUUAAAAAUGAAAUUAAAACAAUUAGGCAAGAAAAAGAGAAUGUGAAGAAAGAAAAAGAAACCCUUAAAACUGAAUACAUUACAGAAAUAGAGAGACUAAUGAAGAAAAUAGAGGAUGAAAGACAGAAUAAUGAUACAGAGAGAAAGAGAAGAGAAGAAGAGUUUAAUGAAAGGGAAGAACAAUAUAAAACACAAAAAAUGAAACACAAAGAGGAGAGAGAGGAACAGAUGCGCAAAAUUAAGAGAGAACAAGAGGAAUUGGAGAAACAGAAACUAGAGGAAAAGAUCAGAAAAGAAGAAGAUGAGAAAAGGAGAGAGAGAGAAAAGCAGAUUGCUGAUGAACAGAUUCUGAGACUGAAGAGUGAAAUGGAGGAAAUAAUCAGAGAGAAAGAGAGAAUAGAAAGAGAAAGACAAGGAAAACUAGAGGAUUUAGAAAAGAGACUGAAAGAAGAAAUAAACUUGAGAGAAGAUCAAUUGAAGACUUUUGAAGAAGAAUUGAAACUCCUUGAACAACUUCAUGAAGAUGAGCUAAAGAGAAGACAAGUGGAGUGGAGAGAGGAAUAUGAAAGAGAGAAAGAGGAGAUGAAGAAGAUCUGCUCUGAUUCACUACAGAAAGUCACAGCUUACAGGAAACUGGAGACUGAAUACAGCAAAUGGUCCUGGAGUCUUGACAGUGCCAUGAAUGAAACUGAGAACAAACUACAAAAUAAAGUAGAUAAUAAAGUAAUUCAUAAGGUUGAGGAAACUGAUCUUCAAAAAGAACUGAAGAAGACAAGUGAAGAAGUGGAAAAAUCAAUGUCUGAAUUCUUUGAGAAAGACAAAGAUAAAGAUAUACUGAUUCAGUGGAAAACAUCAUUUGAAAUCAAAAUCAAAGAGCUUCAGGAAAACAUUGUGAGAGAAACAAAGAGGAAAUUAAAUGAGAUUCUUCAGCAGCGAGACCUGAAGAAAAAGAUUGAUGCUCAGAGGACAUAUAAUGAAAACACUCUCUAUGAAAAGAGCAAAGAACUUGCCUUAAAACUCAAAGACAAAACAAAUAAUGAAACACUGAAGAAAGAGUUUGAUUUUUUGUGGGAACAGAGUGUGAAAAAGAUCAUCAGAGACACUCCUCCAAUCAAAGACACUGACAUAAUGAGAGAUGUGAAAGAGAUCCUCAGUGACAUCUAUGAAGGAUAUCUCCCUGUAAACUACCUGAAGGUGAACAGGGAUAUUUUCUCUCUGUUAAGUUAUUCAUAUUAUGUACAGGACAAGAAAAACAUUGUAUUUACAGGAUCUGUUAAAGAUUCCUUCAAAUCAAAAGAGAAACUUGGUUACAUUCUAUCUAAAGAUGAAGAAGCCCAAAUAAGUUCAUUAGUCACAGAUGUUGUUCUCCAGACAGACAAAAUGAUUCAGUCAUUUAACAUUUCAAAGAUGGGAUACAACAUCAGCUACAUUCAACAACUCACAGAUUACAUCAAUAAGAGAGUAACAGAACAUCAGGAAGGACCAGUGAAAUACAAGUUCAAGAAAAAAUUCUCUAUUCAUUUAGUUCUUUCGAUAUGUAAAAAAGCAAACAAGAUGAUCACUGACCAACACAGGGUGUUCAGAGAAGCUAAUGAUCCUGUAAUAUAUCUUAAAAAGAAGAAACAGGAGAACUAUAGUACUUUCCAAAAACACCUGCAUGGAGCUGCAUCAGCUGCCAUUUUUGGUGCAAUCAUCUGUCAGAAACUUAAAGAGCCCAUUGAGCAGAGUGUCUACAAGAAGACUGCCAGAGAUCUGACAGAUGAAAUGAGAUCAAACUGUGAAUCACUGAAUGGAAACAGAUCAAAUCUGGAGAAACACAUCCUGAAGACACUGGCUGAAAAGGAGGAUUUUGACAAAUACAUGAACUACAUUCAUAAUCCCAGAGAUCACUUCAAGAGUUUCAUCAGAGAUGAAGUCAGUCAGUACAUCACUGAUAAGUUCAGUGUCAGUGUUUUACCCAAGAUGAAGAAGAACACUGAACUCCUGCAGCAGAAGAUCAUGAAAGCAGCACAUGAAUCUACUGAACAUGUUCAAGUGAACAAAGGAGAUGUUGGUUUGUGGUUGAACAGUUUCACACAGAAGCUCUCAGAUGUGCUGAUCUUCUCUGAAAAAGACUUCAGUGGAGUGAAACAUGAUGUUAAUGAUGAUUUCAAACUCCUAGAAGAUGUGAUAGAAAAAGAAUUUUUUUAUAUAACAUUUGACAUCAGCAGUAGAUUCAACACAGAGACAUUUUCUGUAAAUCUGGACUAUAAGUUCAGACCAGAUGAGCUUCUGAUUGAUCACUUCUGUCAGUGCUGUUGGGUUCAGUGUCCGUUCUGUAAAGCCACCUGCACCAACACCAUCGAAAACCAUCAUGGAGAUCACAGUGUUCCUUUCCACAGAGUAACUGGAAUUAAUGGCACAUUUUACCAUUCAACACAGAAUCUUUGUGCUGAUAUUUGCACAAAUUUAGUGGCAAGUGAUCAGUAUUUUAAUACACCAGAUGGAAUGUUUAAAUAUAGAAAAUGCAGUAAAGCAGGUGGAAGGUUUGCUAAGUGGAACAUCAGCCCUGAUCUCUCUGAUCUGCCCUACUGGAAGUGGUUUGUGUGCAGAUUCAAGAAGGAUCUGGAAAAAUACUACUGUAGAACAUUUGAUGGUUCUGGUAAGAUUCCAGAUGAAUGGCGAAAAUACUCAAAACUGGAUGCCAUUGAGAGUGUAGAUCAAUGCAUCUAAUAGGGAAGAUGAAUGGGGAAAAAAAAUUAGACUCUUAUGAUUCUCCUCAGAUCAUAAUCAGUGUCUAUUACAUACAUCAGUGAAAGUCUGAACUCAUCAUACCUUGUAGAGAAUUAAGUGUACAAUGGAUACAAAGUGUUUAAAGACAACAUUUAUUACUAUGUCUUCUGGUCUAGAAAACAAACAAUUUGAAAUAGAAUUUUACAAAUUUAAAGUAUUAAAGAAUUGUAUACAAUAUAUAACCGCACUGAAUUGUAAUUGUGCAGAAUUUUAUAGAUUUGCAUAUUUAACAGCAGAUUUUCAUUGUGUAUUUUAUAGUGAAAUUAUAUGUAGAAUUAUAUGUUCACAUUAAUCAAUUAUUAAGUUUAAGUUUUAUAAAAUGUAUAACAUCUAAUAAAAAUCAUGUUUAUUAUGUAAAUCUUUAUUGUGUGUUGUUAAUGUUUAUGACAAAAUUGAUCU